AUCCUGUGCCCACUGUGUCCUCCGGACACAGUGAAACACCGAUCGUUGGACGGGACCUCUGUACAAGGUCCCAAUCAUGUGAUCACUGAUUGGCCAAUCAGUGAUCACAUGCAAAGUAGUAAGAAAAGAUGUCACUUGUGACAUCAUUGCUUACUACGUGUGAAAUCUGUGAAUGAUCACAGAGGUCACAUGGGAGCGCUCACAGGCAGUGAAUGCUGAAGGCCGUUUAUAAAUGGCCACCUGCUCCUGCACUGCUCCCCUCCAGGCGUUUAUGUACAUGGGCCGGACGGGAAGUGGUUUUAAGGACUAUUUC